AUGUCCACAGAAAACGGUGCCAACACAAAUGGUGCAACUUCGAACGGGACCCGGAACCUUGAACACCUCAUACCAAAAGAACGUGGACUGUACUACGAUGGAGCGUUUCAUGAUCACAAAGAUGGGGAACUCAAAGAGAUUGUCAGUCCUAUCGACGGCAAAGUGAUUACGAAAAUCUCGUUCGCCGGUGCAGAAGACACCGUACGAGCGCUGGAAGCGGCAGAGAACGCCUUUGAAAGCUGGGCCGCGGUACCGACAUUAGAGAAGUGUGCAUUGGUACGAAAGGCCGCUCAAGUCAUUCGCGAUCAUGCGGAUGAGCUGGCACAGCUAGAUUCCUGGAAUAUCGGGAGCCCGGUAUCGAUCAUGCGUGCAGAGGUGGAAUAUGCUGCUAUAAAUCUGGAUCUUUUUGCUGGCUUUGCUCCGGCUGUUACUGGAGACACACAUCGACUGAAUGAGGAAAUGUUCCACUAUACAGUGCAUGAGCCAUUGGGAGUCGUGGCUAGGGUUGUCGCUUAUAACCAUCCACUACUAAUGGUGAUCGUCAAACUCAUCACCCCUAUUCUCGUUGGCAACACGGUCGUUCUCAAGGCCGCCGAGCAAGCGCCUCUUUCAGCUCUUCGGGCAAUAGAGCUGGUUGGGCCUAUAUUCCCAAAAGGCGUUGUGAAUGUUCUAGCAGGUGGGGUCGCUUGCGGUCAGACGUUAUCAAGUCACCCAAUUGUGAAGAAAAUCACAUUGGUUGGGAGUGCGCCGAUUGGACGAUUAAUCGCCAAAUCCUCUGCUGAGACCCUGAAACUUAAUGUCUUCGAACUUGGAGGAAAGAAUGCUCUUGUCGCUUACCCAGAUGCCGACAUAGAGAAACUCGUCGACGGUAUUGUUGCUGGUAUGAACUGGGGUUGGUGUGGACAGUCAUGUUCUUCAACGACACGAGUUUUCUUGCACGAGUCUUUGCAUGACAAAGUUCUUAAACUCGCUGUGGAGAAAAUCAAUUUAACACAUAAACCUGGAGAUCCAUUGGAUCCCAAAACAACCAUGGGAACUCUUGUCGACUUGAAAGCAGUUGCACGAGUCAAGAAAUACAUUGAAAUUGGCAAGUCAGAAGGUGCCACGCUUGUCACUGGAGGGCAUGCUCCUGAGGGUGCCCCAGAGAACAGCUGUCAGAUGCUCCCAACCAUAUUCGCAGAUGUAAAAUCAGAGAUGCGAAUUGCGCAAGAGGAGAUUUUUGGACCCGUCAUGUGUGUUCUCAAAUGGAGCGAUGAGACAAAACUGUGGAAAGACGUCAACUCCGUUGAGUACGGUUUGACUGGUGCAGUUUACUCAGCAAAUCUAACUACGGCGCAAAAAGCUGUGAAGAAAAUGGAGGCAGGUUAUAUCUGGGUGAAUACUAGUAGUCAUCACUAUCCUGGCAUUCCCUUCGGUGGGUAUAAGCAGUCAGGGAAAGGAAGAGAACACAGCUUGGCUGAGCUCUAUGAUAUGACGCAGGUGAAGGCAGUACAUGUCUGUUUGCAGUAA